AUGAUCAUCUUCCUUGUACAUAUCUUCUCCCUCCUCACACUUGGCGUUUCAAGAACGUCGACCACCCAGGCCAUACUGGUGGGCUUGAACACCUCCCAAUCUGAUUCCAGCCAAUCAGAGGAGCGCCGUGAUACACACGAAGUGCAAUUCCACUACCGAAUUGCGGCCAAUAGGAUGGGCCAUCUCACGUGUGAGGUUGCAACAGAGAUCUGCUAUGUAGACUGCACACCAGCCUGUGUUUUUGACGAAGUUGAGGGCUGCGUGGUGCCUACCACCCUCUCCUCCGUCAUUGAGGGGUGUCGCUUCGAGCAAAGACGGGACAGCGGCAGUCUUUUGCUUGAAUACACCGUAGAUAUGGAAGCCCUUGAUCGAACGGGUGACUGGAAUUGCGAGUAUCAGGGUGUUUCGGCACCUCGAGCUCUCAAAUUGCAGGCUUCACCGCGGCUGCCCAUCACUACGACAAUACCAACAACAGCCUUCAAAAUUAGCAUGACUACAAGUGCCACUAUCAAUGCUAUUGCUCCGGUGGUGACGAUGAAAGCACGCUUUCCGCCCUCGGCUGUUAAAGAUGCCAGGCCAAAGUCGGCCCUUCAAUUUAACACCCUCUCCAGUCUCCCUCUAGCAGAGGCCAUUACCAUUCCCACUUGUCUGGAACGUCUCCAAACGUGUGCACCUGCUCGCGUUCAGCAGUUGAUCAGUAACCCGCACUUUAAAUUCGCAACUCAUCCCUUCAAGGAAACGAUUUCUUUCAAGACUAUUGUGCAGAACUUUCAUCACCUUGCGUCAAGAGUAAUUAACCUGCAGUCGCCCGUACGCGUGCUCGCUCAUACCUCUCGGUAG